UCUCUCAUCCCCUAGGUUUCCCAUUUCUCGUAUCUCUCCGUGUGGCGUCGCCCUCUUCGCCCGAUCGCGCCCACGAUGUUCUCGCCGGCGGUUCGCCUCGCGGCCAAGCGCCUCCUCGAGACGGCGAUGUCUCGGGCCCGCUCAGCCGGUAGGUUUUGCUCCUCUGAUUCCCCUUGGGAUCCAACUACAUAUGCGUCAAUUUCAGCCGUCUUCCCCGCCGCCACCGCCUCCUCCUUCAGAUCCUUCUCGACCGCCUUGAACUACCACAUUGAUACUCCGGAUAACAAUCCUGACAUCCCAUGGGAAUUCACGGAAGCAAAUAUGGGAAGAGUCAAGGAGAUUAUAUCCCACUAUCCUUCCAACUACAAGCAAUCUGCCGUUAUUCCAUUACUGGAUCUUGCACAGCAACAGCAUGGUGGAUGGCUACCUGUUGCUGCAAUGAAUGCGGUAGCUAAGAUCAUAGAAGUUGCUCCUAUUCGUGUAUAUGAAGUUGCUACCUUUUAUUCAAUGUUCAAUCGGACUAAGGUUGGUAAGUAUCACCUUUUGGUUUGUGGAACAACACCUUGUAUGAUACGUGGAUCACGUGAAAUUGAAGAAGCCCUGCUAAAACACCUUGGAGUAAAGCGCAAUGAAGUGACAAAGGAUGGCAUGUUUUCUGUUGGGGAAAUGGAGUGCAUGGGAUGUUGUGUGAAUGCUCCAAUGAUUACUGUGGCUGACUAUUCCAACGGUUCGGAAGGAUACUCAUACAAUUACUAUGAAGAUGUCACUCCCAAGCGAGUGAUUGAGAUUGUUGAGAUGCUGAGAAAGGGGGGAAAACCACCUGUAGGUACACAGAAUCCAGAUCGCAUAAGGAGUGGACCUGCUGGAGGGAAUACCACUUUGCUUGGGGAGCCGAAAGCUCCACCGUGCAGGGAUCUCGAUGCCUGUUGAAUUUCAACUGAACUGUGUCGUCAAUAAUUGAAAUCAAAUUUGUUUACUGAUUUCAGCUUUGGAAGCCCUGUUGGUGUUUCCCAGCACUCUUACCCUGGUUUAAGGAUAACAUACCGAAUGUGGUUGUCUAGAUUCCAUUGGCUUUCAAGAUCGAUAGUCAUUCAUAUGUUUAUUUCACUUGUAUUUAAAGUCUGGACUAGGCAUCUUGGCAACCGUGAAACUCCUUGAUGCAGAAUUUUAUCCAAUGCUGUAUCAAACUGCACUGGUUGCCUCUUAAUAAGCCUUUUCCAGAUGGUUUCUCCAUACCUCAUUCUAAACUUUGUGCUUCCAUGACAUUUUGAGAGAAUGGAAUAGCAAGA